AUGUGGCCGCCGCUCUCCGCCUUCGAAGGCGGCGGAGCGCCGGCGAAUUCGGGGCCGCUCCCCCGGCGGAGCUUCUAUCUCGACAGCGGUGGAUCCUCCGACGGGAACCAGGCUUCCCCCUACCUCCCUUCCUUCUCCUCCGUGCCCUUCUCCUGGGAGCGCCGCCCGGGCAUCCCCAAGGCCGCCGUUGCCGCCGCCGCUGCCAGCGGCCCCCUCCUCCGCCUGCCUCCCGGCACCGCCGGCUACCACAGGAAGCGCACCGCCUCCGACGCCGCCGGCGACGAGGACCCCUUCGCCGUCGCGCUGGCGGAGUGCGCCAAGCGCCCGCCUGGACCCUCCAUCGAGGAGCUCUUCACGCGGACCCGCUCCGCCUCGGCGCCCCGCAAAAGAGCCGCGCCGCAGUCGGCGGCGUGGUCGAUCUCCGACCGCCUCGGCCUCCACGCCGCCUCGUGCAAGGCUACGUGCGCCAUAGCCGACUCCGCCGUCUGCGUCCCCCGCCGCCCGGGUCCUCGAGGCGGCACCGCCUUGCCCUACGCUCUCUCGAGCCGCCGGGCCGGCUAA